CAACAUAUAAAAGAAGUGUAUUCGAUUAUUUAUUUCAAUUUGAGUAACUUAUUAAUUGAAAGAGAAACCAUAUUUUUGAUCAUGUUUUGUCGUGAAUUACCUCUUUUAUUUUUCACCCUACACUUGUCAGUGUUUGCUAUGGACGUUAAAAUAAAAAACACGAUAGACAGUACGGUGCAACGCUUGUUAACAAGCAAUAUCGAAAAAGAGAUUAAAAUUUCUUGUGUUUCAAAGGAAAAUGCUGCAAAGUUUGAAACUUAUCAUCUCAAGUAUGAUGCUGAGAUGGAAAAUUACAAAUUUAAAUUCAAUCAAAGUGAAAUGGGUAAAAUCAAAGAAUUGAUUGGGAAACGAGAAAAAAUCUCACUGUUCUUUCUUGGAUAUGAAGAACAGUUGAGCGAACCUUCUGGCAAAGAAUUUACUAUCGAAAAAGCACAAAUGAAGAAUACAAACGCAUGUAGUUGCGUCGUUAGUUAUGAUUUUCUUGUGUUUCCCCUUUUCAAAAUGUUGCAUUACAACUGGGUGCUGGAAACACGUCUUCCGAAAGUGAUUAAAAUGACGACGGCUUUUAUUCAAAAUAUCGUGGACUCCAACGCCUUAAAAAUUAAUUUGUCGUCCGUAUAUCUGUCGGGAUAUAGUUUGGGUGCACAUAUAGUUGGCAGUAUUGGACUUAAAUUGAAACGCAUUUAUAAUGGGCAAAUGGUGCCUGUAAUUUGGGCAUUCGAACCACCAAUUCUUGGUUUUCAUCCAGACAAAGUGAAACCAAGACGUAUACAAAAAGGAGAUGGUCAAAAGGUAGUACUUUUUCGAACAUCUCAGUAUGGAGUUCAAACCUCAACUGCUGACGUUGAAAUUGUUUUAAAUGAGGGGAAAAAUCAACCGGGCUGCGCAGCUAGUGGCAUUGUUGAUAAGAUACUGUGCGAUCAUAAAUCCGCAAUAGUUCUUCGCGAAUUAAUCAUACAGAGAAGCAAAAAACUUACACUCAGUAAUGGAAUUCCAUGCGCUUAUAUGAAUAAAACUUCGAUUGGAUUUAUACUGGAAAUUACAAACCCAACACCGAUUAAAGAUGGUACAUAUUACAUACACACUGGAAAAUUAAUUAAAUUUAGCCAUCUUGGAAAAUGAAAUGAGUAAAAACAGCUGUAGUAGAAACACACACUUCACGUUUUUUGCUAAAUAAAUCAUGAUGUAAUAAAAAAAAGUGCA